AUGUUUCUCCAAUGUUUCGACAAGCACAACUCUACAUCAUCGCCACUUCGACUUUUCCACUCACCGAUCGACUACCCUCGAUCAACAACAAUGUGCUACGCCAAGAACACCACCCUCGCCUGCGGACACCGCUCCGCCGAGCACUCCGGAACCGAACGCUGCGAGAAAUAUCGCAACGGCAUUGCCUGCGGGGGAGUCAAGUUGAUCUCGAGUACGAUGCCGGGUGCCAUCUGUCUGGCUUGUCGCGAGCAGGAUGAUGCGAUCAGAAAGAAGGACAAGAAGCCGACCAAGUGGCCGGGGGUGCUGGACACGGAGUGGUGA